AUGAGCGGUCGUCUGCGCCGAUCGCACCGAGCUCGCUACUGUGCUGGACUACCGCAUGACCGCGAAACCCUUGGCCGCAGGAUCCGGCUCCAGAUGCAUCCGCGAGCCGCUUUCAAACCCGUCCCGGAAAACUCCACAAAGCGGCCCAAGCCCAAGCCCAAGUCCAAGCCCAAGCCCAACCUGACCGGGGCGGAAGGGCUCCGCGCUCGGACCCCUGGCCAUCGAGAUUCCAAGGCAGCAGGCUGGCUGUACGCUGCGCGACCCCGUGACUGUCAGCCGCCCGGCAACUCAAACAGCACGCAACGAGACUGCCUCGGCGCAAGCACCUCCCGAUCGACACCCGCUGCCCCCCGCCAAGACGGCAGCACGAGACCCUGUCGGACCGCUCCGGAAGCGUGCAACUCGGUCAAAGAUCAAGACGAACGAGCGCCGAAACCGCCUGAUUACAAGCAACACAAGAUGGGUGCCGAAGACUACUCGCCUCCUUCCACGGACAUCAUCACGCUCACGCGCCACGUGCUCACCGAAGGCUUCAAGCGCCGCGAAGAGAGUGCUGCCAGCGGUGACCUUACUAUCUUGUUGAGCUCGCUGCAGACCACCUGCAAGUUCAUCGAGAGCAAUGUGCGCAAGGCCAGCCUCAUCAACCUGAUCGGAGCCGCUGGUAACACCAAUGUGCAGGGCGAGGACCAGAAGAAGCUCGACGUCCUGUCGAACGAGAUCAUGAUCAAUGCGUUGCGCGCCUCGGGCAAGACGGCUGUUCUGGUCUCCGAGGAGGACGACGAGGCCAUCUUUGUGGGCGAGAAGGAAGAGGGCGGAACGUUCGAGUCGACCAAGGGCAAAUACUGCGUGGUCUUUGACCCUCUGGACGGCUCGAGCAACAUCGAUGCCGGUGUCAACAUUGGCACCAUCUUCGGCAUUUACCUGGUCAAGGAUGGCUCCAAGGGCACGCUCGAAGACGUGCUGCGCCCCGGUCGCGAGAUGGUGGCGGCGGGUUACUGCAUGUACGGCUCGUCGGCCAACCUUGUGCUGACGACGGGCAACGGCGUCAACGGCUACACGCUCGACAACCAGAUCGGCGAGUUCAUCCUGACGCACCCCAACAUCCGGCUGCCGAACCGCGGCAAGAUCUACUCGAUCAACGAAGGCAACAGCAUGUACUACCACGAGCCCGUGCUCAAGUACCUGGACAGCAUCAAGUUCCCCAAGGGCGAGGGCGCCAAGCCGUACUCGGCACGAUACAUUGGCUCCAUGGUGGCCGACGUGCACCGUACGCUGCUGUACGGCGGCAUCUUUGGCUACCCGGACGACAAGAAGUCGAAAUCGGGCAAGCUGCGAAUGCUGUACGAAGCCUUCCCGAUGGCGUUGCUCACAGAGCAGGCUGGCGGACUGGCUACGACGGGCACAGAGCGCAUCCUCGACAUCCAGCCCACCUCGAUUCACCAACGCUGCCCCGUAUUCCUCGGCUCGAAAGAAGAUGUGCAGGACCUUGAGGUGACGCUUGACGUACGCCCAGCACGCAACACCACUGGCUCGAGCAACAGGAGACCGACCGGAAUCUAA